GAGAGAAGAAUGAAAAAUCAAAGGCCACCUGUAACAAGACAGCUUUAUUUUAUACCCCUCCAUCAGGGACAUGGAUGAUGGUGCCUCAGUUGUAGUUUUAUGACCCUAACAGUCACGCUCACCAGAGACAAGUUACAGCCACGUUGGGAAGCAUUGGAGGGUUAAGGCUUCAACAUAUGAAUCUGGGGGGGACAUAGUUCAUCUUCUGAUACUCCCCAAUCACUCCACCUUGUAAAGCUCAUCUUCCACAAGUUGAGAGGCCACCUAGAAUGAAGCCUGCCUCCACGGACCUGCCCUAUGGGUGAACCCUGGGGCCAAGCCCAGUUAAAUUCAUCAUUUCGUUUCUUGCCAUCCUCAAACAUUCCUACCAGAAACAUGCCAAAGGCCAGGAUUUGUUUGAUCAGAUUGUGUAUCACUUAGACCUGGUGGAAACAGAUUACUUUGGCCUCCAGUUCCUCGACUCUGCCCAGGUUCCGCACUGGCUGGAUCAUUCCAAACCUAUAAAAAAGCAGAUGAAAAUUGGACCUGCUUACGCUUUGCACUUUCGAGUUAAAUAUUAUUCUUCAGAACCGAACAACCUUCGUGAAGAGUUUACAAGGUACCUGUUUGUUUUACAACUCAGGCAUGACAUUCUUUCAGGAAAAUUGAAAUGCCCAUAUGAAACAGCUGUGGAAUUAGCCGCUCUCUGCCUACAAGCCGAGCUUGGGGAGUGCGAGCUUCCAGAACACACACCAGAGCUUGUGUCUGAGUUUCGGUUCAUUCCAAAUCAGACAGAAGCGAUGGAAUUUGAUAUCUUCCAGAGAUGGAAAGAAUGCAGGGGAAAGAGCCCUGCCCAGGCGGAACUCUCCUAUCUGAAUAAAGCGAAGUGGCUGGAAAUGUAUGGGGUAGACAUGCACGUUGUCAGGGGAAGAGAUGGCUGUGAAUAUUCUCUUGGACUGACCCCGACAGGCAUAUUAAUCUUUGAAGGAGCUAACAAAAUAGGCUUAUUCUUUUGGCCAAAAAUUACCAAGAUGGAUUUUAAAAAGAGCAAAUUGACGCUGGUGGUGGUGGAGGAUGAUGACCAGGGCCGGGAGCAGGAGCACACGUUCGUGUUCCGCCUGGACAGCGCCCGGACCUGCAAGCACCUGUGGAAGUGCGCCGUGGAGCAUCACGCCUUCUUCCGGCUGCGGACGCCGGGAAACAGCAAGUCCAACAGGUCGGACUUCAUCCGGCUCGGCUCGCGCUUCCGGUUCAGUGGGCGGACAGAGUAUCAAGCGACGCAUGGCGCCAGGUUACGAAGAACCAGCACCUUCGAGAGGAAGCCUAGUAAACGCUAUCCAUCCCGAAGACAUUCGACGUUCAAAGCAAGUAACCCAGUGAUAGCAGCUCAGUUCUGCCCUAAAACAAAUCCUGAAGUCCAUAAUUACCAGCCUCAGUAUCAUCCCAAUCUCCACCCCGGCCAACCUCGGUGGCACCCACACUCUCCAAACAUAAGCUACCCGCUCCCUUCCCCAGGGCUCAGCAGCUCGGACCGGCUGCCUUUCGGCCUCGAGGAGAACGGGGGCGCUCCGUUUACCACCAAGCCUUCGGGAAGGCAUCACCAUCACCACCACCAGCACCAGCACCAGCACCACACCAGCUAUGGCCUCUCGCUGACCCUGGAGAGCAAGGAGGGGCUUUCCAGGUCCCCAAACUCCAGCAGUAAAUCCCUUACAAAACUGAGUCCGGGAACACCUGCCCUUUUCAGCGAAGCCGCUGCACAUCUAAAGAAGCUGGAACUGGAAACUGUGAAGCCUGCUGGACCCUGGCCUGCUCUGCACAUCAAUAUAAAUAAGGCCGAAGAGAAAAAAGUGUCUGAGAAGACUCUUCAGACCCCACUUUUGCCGUCCCCUGUGGCUGAUCACGUGAAGUGUAACAUUUUGAAGGCCCAGCUGGAGAACGCGUCCCGAGUGAGUGCCCAGCAGGUUGGAAAAGAGGAAUCAACAUUUGUAAAUAUUAAUAAGAAAUCCACUCUUCAGGACGCUAAUGUAAGAAGUCCUAUUCCUAUACGUGUGGAAACUACACAACCAGCUAUGGAAAAGCCGGAGAUCAAGCCUCCCCGAGUGCGGAAGUUAACAAGACAAUACAGCUUUAACCGCAGUGACGAAGACGACCUCCCUCCAGACCUGGCCGAGGCAGUGGGAGCGACCACAGCUCCAACCACGGCCACCACCUCCGCCACCACCACACCAGUCUCAGUGCCGCUGCUGUCCCCCAAAGUUCACAAGAUCAGCUCGCCGCAGAACUCAGAAGGCAAGGGCCAGCUGUCCCCGGGGGCCAAGAGCCCCUCUAACCGUGGAGGUGCCUUUACCUUGGAGCCGGGGGAUCUCCUGAUGGAUUUCACGGAAGCCACUCCUCUGGCAGAGCCCGCCAGCGCCCCCCACUGUGCCCACUCUCGCUGUUCUCCUCCACUCUCUCUCCCCAUGAAGGAAGAGACCACUGGAGUUUGCAUGCACCCUCCAAUCAAAACGAGGCUGAUAAAAACAUUCCCGGCUGAUCCAGUGACCCCUUUUCCUGAUCCUUUCAUAACAGGGCCACAGUUUACCGCAGACUUUAGAGACAGUAAAUUGCAGUGCUGUCCUGGCCAGUCUUCCCCGCUGAUCCCAGCGGCGACCCUGAGGCCCUUGACAGAGGCCGUGUCCACAGUGCAGACCGUCUACACCAUUCGGAAGCCUGUUUCUCCAGCAACCAGGUGUGUCCGAUCAGCAGGUGCCAACAGUGCAGAGACACUCCGGCAGGAACUGGAGAGAGAGAAGAUGAUGAAAAGACUGCUGAUGACCGAACUGUGAAACUCUCCCCGGUUGCCUGGAGGAUGGCACGGUGCCUUCUGGACGUUUUCUUUCCCCGGGCUUCAUGUGCUCGCAGUAGCGUAGCCUACAAACGUGGGCUUUGUUCGCCCAGGUCUCCAUGGUCAAAGCCAACCUCUGGCUUGACUUUUAUUGGAAAAGUUAUUUGCUGUCUCCUGAGUAUCAGAGGUUUUCCUACUACUCAAUGUAGUUGAGACAAAAUUUGGUAAGCCUAGGAGAAGAAAGAUGGGAAAACCGGGAUUCCUUCUCAGAAGCACCUGUGUGUACAUAUUAAUAACCACAGGGGUUAAUAUGGCAUGGAAUCCUUUGUUCUCAGUCUCAACCAUGUGAUUUUGUAUGACUGACACUUGCACCAAGCUUUGACUGUUUGUUAAAGAGUCAUUUUUAAUGAGAGAAUAAUUCUUUACUGCUGGUUUUUCAUUUACACUGGUAAAUGCACAGAUCUUAUAAAGUCUUUAACAUUCAUUUUUAUUCAGACACGAGUAGGUGAACUAAAAAAGGAAAGUUGCAAUCACCAGGAAUGAAGUUAUUUCAGCUUAAUCUGAAAUACAAUUUAACUUGUGAAUUUGGGGGUUAUGAUAUUAUUGGGGAUACAGACUUUAUUAUUGAACCCAAAGUAAAAGCUUAAAUUGUCUGAAAUAGUUGAAAUUGUCUAAAAAUCCUUACAAAGGGAUUUGAUAGCAGGAUUCAUUUGGAUGUUCCAUGAAGGAAAAUUAUCUCUAAAGUUGAUCAACUCAUGUCCUGUUGAUAGAAACUUGGCCAGAAGAAACUUUGCUCUUUUUUAUAUAGUUUCAAGAAAUGUGUUUUUAAAUUUUUCUUAUGCACUUGAACAACUUUGCAGGAAUAAAAGAACCCCCUAACCACAAACUAACCCUCCAAAUUGUUUCCCACGCUUUCUCAAUGCAUAUGCACACAUUUUUUCAUCAGUAUGAUCAGUGUGUACAUAAUCUUUGAUUACUUCCUCCAUCUAACACAUAUCUUCUCUUUUCAACACUGAUCCUGCUCUCACCACUUAAAAUUUCUUUGUAUUCAUGUAAUGUGGUUAACCUCACUUGUUGCCAUUUCUAGAUAUUUGAGUUAUAUUCUAUUUUUCUUUCUCAUAAAUAGUGCUGCUAUGAAUGUCUUUGUAAAAAAUAAAAUGUUUCUUCCUUUGGAUUCUUCCCUUGGGAGUAUCUCCAAAGAGAGACGACAAGGUCAAAGAGCAUGAAGUAUUUUAUAGCUCUUGUUUCAUAUUGUCAGAUUGCUUUCUAGAAAGAUCCAGUCUAAUCGCUUCUCGGCCUUUUGGCUAAGAUCAAGUGUAGAAAGAUCCAGUCUCCUGGUUGAAAGGAUCUUAAAGGUCAUCAAGUUCAACCUUCCAUCCUCUCUAAAUGCUUGAAACCCCUCUACAAUUUUUGAUGCCACCAGCAAUGUAUAAGCAUUUCUAUUUACCAAUAGUUCUGCCAGUAUUGGGUUUUGCCAUUUUAAUUUAUUUUUGCUAGUUUAAUAAGUGCAUAUAGUUGUUCUUAAAAGGUUGUUUUAUUUCAUUAAUUACUAGCAAAGCUGAGCACUUUUCCAUGUGAUGACUUAGUAGCUGUAUUUCUUUGUGUGUAAAAUAUCCAUCCAUUUCUUAUGACCACUUAAGUGGGAUUGAUCUCAUAUAUUUGUAUCAGAAUUGUAUUUUUAUGUUGUAUUGUAUACUUUGCUCUCCUCUCCCUCUCCUUAAAUCUGAAUGGUGCCAAUAAUUUGAUACUAAUGAUAUAAAAAAAAAAGCAAUGCCUCAUUGACUAGCAUUGUUGUGAAAUGAGGUAAUGUACGCAAAUAUUCAGAUAACAGAGGAUUAACCCUUUUAAGUGAUGAAUCUUUACAAUUUUAAUAUUUUUUGAGGGAAAUCUUUCUAAAAUAUAUUACGUACUUCCCUGCCUUAGUAAACAGAGUACACUGGAGAGUAUUUAACCUUUUCUUGAUGAGUCAUGGUCAUCAUUACAAACAUCAGCCCCCUUGUACCUUGGUGUGGUGUCGUGAUGUCAUCAGGAGCCUGUCCAAACAUGCAGGGCUUGGCUUGCCUUUCACAGACUAACGCUCUUCUCAUUGAUGGUUUGCACUGCUGUCUGCUCUAUUGGUGAAGCUGUCAGGGGCAACUGUGGUAUCUGGGAACUUUUACCCCCUUCCAUACUACCCGACCCCUGGCUGUAUUUAAACAGCUUUCGCCGUUCUUUAUGUUGUGCACACGAUACAAAAUGCGUUCUGUACAAUAUGGGGGAAGUGUUUGUGUCUCGGGUUGUCACGUCCUGCCGAUCCCUCCUCUUCUAACCUGCUUUCUGAGUCUUCUGCUCUUCACCUCCUGCUCUCUGAUGGAAACCUCCAGGGCAAAACUGAAGUUUUCUUGAGGAAGCCAGGAAACGCAGUGUUACAUGCGUGUCAGAUUGGCUUUGUUUCUGAGGAGGGGGCAGUGCAUGGGGUUUUUGGCCAUUGUUCUCAGGAGGCUCUGAGCCUGCUGCUUCUUCCUCCACGGCCCCCUGCGUCACAGAUGUUUUGGAAGGUCGAUGUCACUGGAAGUCUGAUCACGAACAAGUUGGCUGUUACUGUAUAUGAAAACCCAGUACCUCUGGCAGCUCAACUCUAACCAGUAAAAUCAAGAGGAUUCCAUCCUUUCAA